UUUUUGAGAUAUCCAACGUCUUCAUCUGCAAUGAGUGCUCUAGUUCCAUCCUCAAUUGCAUUGAGUGUUCCAUCUACAUCUGCAAUAAUUGUUACAUCUUCAGCUGCUACAAGUGGUUUCUGUUUGUUCGCGAUUUAUUAAAUAACAAAAAAUUUACUUGUGAAAUGAAGAGUGGACUACUCGAGCAUUUACAUAUUCAUGAAGUUGAGAGAUCAUCAACUGAAAGCAGUAUGGAUUUUUAUAAAAAUCAGAUGGAUGAAGAUUUACUUAAAGCUGCAAAAUGUGGAGAUUUGUUAAAGGUGACUGGAUGUAUUCAAGAUGGUGCUAAUAUACAUGUUACAAGUCCUGCUGGUUUAAAUAUUUUACAUUUUGCUGCACGAGAGAAUCAUCCAAACAUUGCCGAGUUUGCUAUCAAUCAUGGAAUCAAUGUUGAAGCUGUUACAAAGAGGUUAAACACUGCUUUACAUAUUGCUUCAUUGGGUGGUCAUUUAGAUAUUGUGAAAAUUUUAAUAAAAGGAGGUGUAAAAAUUAAUCCUCAGGCUAAGGAUGAUAUAACCCCUUUAUAUAUGGCUGCUCAAGAAAAUCACUGUGAUAUUGUGUCUGCUCUUUUAAAAAAUGGAGCAGACCCACAUAUUCCAGCUAAGGGAGGCUUUGAACCAGUUGAUAUUGCCGUUCAGCAAGGUCACACAUCUAUUUUAAUUACGUUAUUAGAAUUUGAAGCAAAAAAUGGUUUUCGAGCAAUUCAUGUAGCAACUCGUAAAGAUGAUAUACGAAUGAUCAAACUACUGAUUGAUCAUAAAUGCAAUAUUAAUGAAAAAGCCAAUAAUGGGUAUGCUCCAUUGCAUAUUGCAGCAAAACAUGGUUGUGUUGCUGCUACUAAAUGUUUAAUAGAUAAUGGUGCUGAUUUAAAUGCUCAAGCAAAGUACAAUAUUUGUCCAAUACAUGUUGCAUCUAAACAUGGUGAAGUUGGGGUUUUAGCAGCCCUUAUUGAGGGAGGAGCAAAACUUUCUGUAGUAACAAAGGAUGGCUUAAGUCCACUUCACUGUGCUGCACGAGAAGGUCAUUCUCAUUGUGUUGAAUUACUACUCGUUCAUGGAGUUACAAUUACUGCUAAAACUAAAAAUGGAUUGACAGCACUACAUAUGGCAUCUCAAGGCAAUCAUGUGCAAAGUGCUCAACAUAUUCUUGCUCAUGGUGCCCAUAUUGAUGACUCCACUAUAGAUGGUGUCACUCCACUUCAUACUACAGCUCAUUAUGGUCAUGUUGCAACUUGCAAGUUACUUAUUGAGAAAGGAGCUGAUAUAGAUAAAAGAGCUCAUAAUGGUUACACAGCUUUGCAUAUAGCUGCAAAAAGGAAUCAAGAAUCGAUUGUGCAACUUUUAUUGAAAUAUAAAGUCAUGGUUGAAGCAAAAAAUAAUAAUGGACAAACUGCUUUACAUGUUGCUGCUUUCUUUGGUCAUGCAAACAUUGUAUUGUUGCUACUACAGGAAGGGGCAGCAAUAGAAGCUGUUACAACACGUGAGGAAACUGUUCUUCAUAUUGCUUGUCGUGCAUCCCAGAUACAAAUUGCCAGACUUUUGUUGCGAAAUGGAGCAAAUGUUAAUGUCAAAUCUAAAGAUGAAGAAACUCCUCUACACAAUGCUUGUCGCCAAGGCAAUGCCUUACUUGUAAACUUAUUGUUGGAUUUCCAUGCUGAUCCUAAUGCAACUAAUAAGGAAGGUGCAACAUGUCUUCAUUUAAGUUCUCGUGAUGGUGCUGAAAAAGUUGUUGAAAGUUUACUCGACCACAAUGCUGAUGUGAAUGUUGUAUCUAAGAAAGGUUUUUCGCCCUUACAUGAAGCAGCUAAAAAAGGAAAUUUGAAUAUAUUACGUAUGCUUUUAGAGCGCAAACCAAUUAUUGAUGUUAAACAAUUCAAGAAUGGGUUAACACCUCUCCAUCUUGCAUGUCAUUAUGAUAAACCUGAUGCUGCUGUUAAGUUGCUUGAUAGUGGUGCUGAUCUUCAUGCUGUUGCUAAGAAUGGAUAUACACCUCUUCAUAUAUCUGCAAAGAAAAACCAAAUUAAUAUUGUAUCAAUACUUCUUGAUCGUGGAGUUGAAGCUGAGCAAACAACAAAAAGUGGUAUUAGUCCAUUACAUUUAGCUGCACAACACGGAAAUGUUGAAAUAUUAGAUUUACUUUUGGAUAAUGGAGCUUCUCCUGGAGUUCAGACUUAUAAUGGUUUGACACCUCUUCAUCUUGCCGUUCGAUUUAAUCAGUUAGAAGUUGUUAAAAGGUUGCUUAAGUAUGGUGCAAAUAAUAGUUCUUCAACACAGAGUGGUUACACACCUUUGCAUCUGGCAGCCCUUUAUGGGCAUCUUAGUGUUGCAGAAAGCUUGUUAGCUGAUGGAGCUGAAGUAGAGGCAAAAACCAAAAAUGGAAACACACCUCUUCAUAUUGCAACAUAUUAUUGUCAUGAAGACAUAAUUCAGUUGCUUCUGAAAUAUAAUGCGCCUCCAAACGCAUUAAAUAAGGAUGGAUACUCUUCUCUCUAUAUAGCAGAAGUUACCCAGCAAAAGACUAUUGUGAAUAUUCUUAUAAAAGUUACAAAAAUCACCAUUUCAAAAAAGAAUGACAAAGAAAUCAAUACUGAAGAUAAAGUUCGUAGUGCGUUUACAGCACCAGAAGAUCUAGAUGAGAUGCAAUUAGUUGAUUCGCAUGAUGAAGCAGAAGAAGAAUCUGAAAUACAGCAGCAUAUACUGCAAGAAGAUUUUGAAGAAUCUUUUAUGGGAUUUGAUGAAAGUGAAAUUUCAGAACAUAAUAUUUCUAUACAACAUACAACCAAAAGCUUACCCAAAAAUGUUCAAAUAAAAAAUGAUAAAUAUGUUGAUGAAUCUGAAAGUCCAAUUUUUGUAAUAAAUCAAGAACAGAUAGAAUCCAUUAACAACGACUUUUGUUUUGAUGACAUAAACACUUCCUCUCCAAGAGUGAUAGCUAAGUUUCAAAAAAGUGUUUUGGAAAGCGUUGUAAAUGAAGAUACUGUGCCUCUGUUAAACAAACAGUGUAGCAAUGUUGAAUGUAAGAUGGAAUCUUCAAAAAAGGGAGAAUUUCUAGAAUGCUUUAUUGUAAACGCAAGAGGUUGUGUAAUGGAAAGUAGUGAAACUGGUGUCAAAAUGAUUGUUCCAGAAGGUGCUUGUGAUUCACCAACUAGGAUUUCAUGUAAAAUAAAAAGUGUUAUGUCUUAUGCACCACAUUUGAGUUACAAUGAAGCCAUGGUUAGUCAUAUUCUGCAAUUAUCACCACCAUCAGUGCAAUUUCUUGAACCUGUUGUUAUCGAGAUACCUCACUAUGCAACAGAAUGCAUUGAGCGGGAAUUAGUUGUAAUGAGGUCUACAUCACAAUAUUCAAAUUGGAAAGAACACAUGUCUUCGAUAAAUGACAACCUAAAUGAGGAAGAAAAUAUGGAAGGGCGUUUAAAAGCUGUUGUUCAAGAAUUUCCUGAAAGAGUUGUUGUCAUAUCGCGUCCAAAAAAAGAGCGUUUUCUCAUGUUUCCAGAAGGUGGCACAAUACAAUCUAGUUUUUUUCCUGAAGCUAAAGUUGUUUUCCCUCCUAACACAUUAAAUACUACAACUAAAGUUGUGCUUCAGGUUCAAGAGUGUGAUAACUUUCUUCUUCCUUUAAAUGAUGAAACGUUUGUAAGUCCAAUACUAAGUCUUGACCCUCUCACAAUACUGUCAAAACCUAUUAUAAUAAAUAUUCCUUGUCCGUGGUUGCUAUAUGAAGAAUUAGUCUCUAAGAAUAAAGUUCGUUUGCUAGGCUGGAUGCCUCGCUCACCUCGAAAAUCAACCAAUGAUAGAGCUGAUUGUACUUGGAAAGAUAUAACUAAUGAAACAGCUUUGACAAUAGUUGGUGAAAUCGUAAGCUUUUCAACUACAGAAUUUACAAGGUACUGGGUUAUUCAGACUAAUUCAAUUGAUACACUUUUAAAGAGAGUAAGCGGUUUGCAAGAUAUGGUAUGCACCUCCCCCUUUAUGGCAUUUUUUGUUGUUUAUGCAAUGAAUCUUUCUGGUGAAAACUAUGAAAUCCACGUAGUUCUUUCAACGGCAGAAACAUUGAAUAAACAAGCUGUUGAAAUCAGUCAAGGUUUUUCUGAAGUUGGAAAGUCAAAUUUUUGCUCUAUACGAUCUGGUCAGACGAUUCACAUUAAUGUUGUCGGAAACGUGAUAUUGCCAGCGCACAGUUUAAAAAUAGUGUUUAAUCCUUUUCUGCCUAAUUGUUGCAAAUUCAAAAUUUCAACUAGUGGUGCUAAUUGUGAAGCAAAGUUUCGUAUGAAGUUCUUAGGAAGUUUAAGAAAAGGAUUUUCAAAAAGCAUACCUUCUUUAUGCACGCUGGAUAUUGACUUAAACUCUCUUUCAAAGAUUUCAAUUUGUACAAAUGAUGAAAGUGUUGUUGACAACUAUAUAAUUCAAUCAGUUGGUAAACAGACAACUAAUUCUUGGUCUAGACUGGCCGAUCAGCUAAAUAUGAACAAACGAGACAAACAUGUUGUUGCUGAUCUCAGUUGCGGUAAACGGGAUGUUAGUUCAAUACGACUUUUGGAGUACUGGCGCAGCAAGUAUGCUCAAAAAGCGACUUAUAAAUUAUUGUGUGAUGCUCUUGAAUCGAUUGGAGAGCAUGAACUCUCGGUACAAGUAUUAAGUUAUUCACAAAAUAAAGAAAUCAGUAUGAAACACAACUUUGCAAGUGGUUCGUUAUCAAAAGACACCUUUAAGGUUCUUGAAUUUGAUAAUAUGUCACAAAAUCUCUCGGGAGAAAAUUGCGAGGAAUCGAUUCUUGUUGCAACUAAAACAACAAAACCACAAAGUAAUAAAUCUCAAACGUUAUUAAACAGCGACGCGGAAAAAAAAUCAAACUAUAAAAAAGUUUUGUGUGAGGAUUUUCCAACGCAAAAAAGUGUAGCUAAUGAUCAUUAUUGUGAACUAUCUUUAGAUGAAACUAUUUCUAAAUUGAAACCAAAUAGUUUAAUUAGUCCUUCGAAUAGUGGAAAUCGGUGCUCAACCGAUUCAUCAAAUAAUGAAAGUAAAAUCGAUUCUCAAUUAAUUGAUGACGCCUCAAAUUCGCAUAUAAAAAGUGAUCUAUCUAAUGGCAUUUGUUUUAAUGGAUUUGACAAAAACUCAAAUAAGGAUUUGUCAAUUUGCGACCAAGAGUGUUUAUCAUUAAAAAAUGAAGUCGCAGCAGAUAGUUCAUCAGGCCUUUUGAAAUCGUUUACUCCUAAUGAUCCAGAAACCAGGGUUUCAAAUAAUGACAAUUUAAAUGAAGUGGAUAAUACAGAUAAAACGAUCACGCCGUAUUCACAUACUUCUAACGAGCAGGCCUCUUUUGAAAAUGGUGAAGAUAUAAUUAAAAGAAUGUUUAGUCAACAACAGAGCGUAAUGGAGUUUUUUAACGAACCGAUAAAUGAGAAAGAAGCACUAUACUGAUAUCAUAUGUUCUUUUAAAUUUUUAUUUAUUAUGUUACAUAAAUUUUUGUAUAACAAAAUGUUUAAUUACAAAUUCUUUUAGACUUAACUAUUGAAA